GUCAGGAUGCUGAUCACUGCCUGGGCCUCUUCGUUUCAGAUGGUUAUGGAGAAUGAUCCUACUUCCUGGAUCGAAAAAUCUUUUCUUACUCAGUUGUUUGGGUUUUAAGAGGAUCUUAGGGGGCACUCCUUACUUGUUGCCUCCUGUAAAAAAAGCUCUUCAUUUUAGAACAACUCUUUAUUCGUUCUACUUCCCUCUUUGCAGCCCUCUCGGAAAAUUGCAGUAAAUAAGAGUAACAUUAAAAAUCUGCGUUUAAGGUAUUUGUAAGUGACUUGUUGCCCCUGAGUUUGUCGUAUGUAAUUAAGAAGUUGUGCUUAAGAUUCUGUAGAAAAUUCGAUUUGGCUUGAGAGCAUUUCUUAAGUUGAGCUGUCCAAAAGCAGGUGGCUUGUUCGUUUGCAUUUCUGCUUUCAGAAAGGAAAUUAAUGCAGUGAGUUGUUGGAAGUUAGGGGCCUACCCCACGCAUUUAGACUGUUGAUUCGAUUUCCUUUACGGGGUGUUCAGUUUUCUGUUUUAAAAAUAAGAACAAGCGACAACAGGCUUUACUUAUCAAAGCUUUUAUGGUUUUAUUUACUACUUUAGAUGACAAUGGAAAAUAGGUUAAAUCUAUGGUGUAAUGUUAUAUUUUAGGAGAAGUCCUAGGUGGAAAAGUUAAAAAUAAUAUUCAUCUCAUGACAUUGUACAGAGCACCGCCUGAAAGUGGUAUCAGAAUAGCUAAUAUCUUGUAAUUAUCAAAGAAAUUUCUGGAAUUAGUGGCAUUAAAACAAUUGAGGUUACCCGCAAAAUCAGUGUUAGCAUGCGUGGCAGACAUUGUGUAGAAGAGUUCAGAAGCCCGAGAGGACUGAAGUAUUCUAACAUAAGAUAUGGCUCGUGGACAGCAGAAGAUUCAGUCGCAGCAGAAAAAUGCCAAAAAGCAAGCUGGACAAAAGAAGAAACAAGGACAUGACCAAAAGGCUGCUGCCAAAGCUGCCUUAAUAUAUACCUGCACUGUCUGUAGGACACAAAUGCCAGACCCUAAGACCUUCAAGCAGCACUUUGAAAGCAAGCAUCCUAAGACUCCACUUCCUCCAGAAUUGGCUGAUGUUCAGGCAUAAAGUUGUUUACAGGUGAAUUCACGACACCUUUGGCUCUUCUACUGUCUCAGACCUUAGGUAACAAACCUGCAGCUGCUUUUCUAACAAACUGUUGAUCAGCAAAAAUAAAGGGGCUACAGAAACACUCAUUUUUAUGCUGUUCCCUUUUGGGCUUCAUGCAAAGACAAUUCUGUGUAAAUGUACAGUUGACUCUGAUUUGGAAAUCCGAAAAUCAGUCCAUCCUUGUUAUAAAAAAUUUUUUUACAAUUGUAAUUAUAUUGAUGUUCAUAUUGUGUAAAAUAACUCAUUUAAUAAAGUAGUACUUUGAUUUUACAACAUCA